AUGGAAUGGAUGGUGGUUGAUUCAGAGUCUUUGGAUUUCUCAACUUGCAGGAGUGAUGAUGAUGAAUACACUUCCUCAAGGAAUACCCAUCAUGAUGAUGAUGAAACCCUUCUCGCUUCCCAACCAAUACCAACAACAACCAAUAAUUUAUCAGAUCUCCCUAUUGAGGUACUCGGUCAUAUUUGUAAAUACUUGUUGCGCGUGAGAGUAUUCGGAAAGGAACUUGCCAACGAUCUGUUACCCUUGUUGCACACCAGUAAAGCUCUGCAUGAAAAGAUUUAUUACAAUCCAUUCAUUUGGAAUGAGGUGCAUGCAGAUUUGCAUCUCUUUGUUGCGUCGUAUAUGCCAGAUAAUUACAGCACGACUUGCUUUUCAGUAUUGUGUGAUGAAAAGUUUAAAAACACUGAUAUGGUUAUUGGACGAUUUAAUGGACAAUUUGCGUAUUAUUGCUCUGUGGAAAGCGAAUUGACUAGCAUGUUUUUCUCAUUUGUUGAGACUUUGUGUGACGCGAGUAAUCUUAUUCGAAACGUUAAGGUGCCAUUGCCAUUAAUUUCUUCGUACUCUCCAACUAACUGCUCUCCUUCCAUUUCUUUUACAAACUCCACUACUCCCACUGUAUCUUUUAAUUUAUUGACAACAAACAAUUCCACAACCAUAACUGAUAUCCCAACCACCAAUAACGAAAUUGAUAGAAACCCAAUGGAACCCACUCCUCUCCUCAAGAAAUGGAUAGCACAAUUUCCCAAUGCCAAGUCACUCUCAUUUGUCUCCUCUAACGAAUGUGUAGAAAAUGCACGACCCAACGAUUUGGUACCAUACGUUCAAGAUUUGUCUUUUUAUGACCCCAAAUCAUGUAAAUUUCAAUCAUUGCAAGAGGUGCAAUUGAGUGGAAGUGUGAAUGGAUUUGAGAGUAUAUUUAAAGCUCAUUCAAGCGAAUUACAAUCACUCUAUGCAUUAUCCGUAUUCUCAUUUACCACAAAAUCAAAGAAUCAAGAAUUACAAAAGAUUGAAACCUUGUUACAGCAAUGUUCCAAUAUCAAAAGCCUAGCUUUGGCAAAUCCUGUAAUUGUAGAGCCAGAUAAUUUCAAUCUAUUCAUGACACUUUCAUCUAGAUUAACAUUUCUAAGUUUGGAGGUAUCAUUUUCGUUUUUAGUGGAAGGAAAUGAUUGGAGAAACUUGUGUCACUCACUGACCAACUUGAAGAAGCUCAAUUUAAACAUUGGUAGUGUUGGGAAUGAUGAUUCCAUGUCACCUACGACUGACACCUUGUUGAAAUUUUCCUCACACACCAACGGUAUUCCACUUCCUAACAAUAUUACACACUUGGGAUUGAGUAAUUUUAUGGAUUCUCCAAUUUCAAUUGUUUUGGGCGGUUGUGACUUGUUCAACUUGACCUACUUGCAUGCCUACAAGGUACUUUUAUCUGUAACCUCUCAUCAAAAACCAUUUCCACGCUUGGAAACCUUUGAAUACAUGACCGAGAUGAGAGAUCCCAAAGAAAGAAGCGUGAUACAUUUUUGGAUUGACCAACAUUUGUCUCUCAAGAAAUUUUCGUAUGUGUAUGACUGGGAUAACAGAGCAUUGUCACAGAAUGAAAAAACGCUCGUGAUUAAGCGUCACCCAACCCUGAAUCGACUAAAACUUGCGUGUGACAAGAGUGAUGUGCACAUUGAGAACGCUCCAAGUAUCAUCUCCAUUAUUGGAGUACCAAAUACUUUCAAGUUGAAUGGAAGUCGUGUUCAAAAAUUAAGCUUCAACAUUUGUAACACUGGAGCUAGCUUACACAACACCUCCAUCUUUGACAUUAAUCUCAAUCAAUGCGACUUGUUUGCAGUAGAAUUUGGUAGAGCUAUUAAUCUUUCACAAGUCAAAUUCAACUCUCAAUUUGAAAUACUUCGAAAUGUUCAUGUGACCUUCUCCCACUCGAUCAAUGAGCAUCAAGUAUUCGAUGUGGCCAAUAUUUUACCCAUGCAUUCUGAGACUCUCUCGUUGGAAGAAAUGAAAAUUAGUUUUCAAGACAAGCUUCCUCAAUUCAUCACUGAAAGCUUGUCCAACACUCUCUGCCAAUUCAACUCGAUCAAGGAAUUCACUGUCCAUUUCGCAUGGUUAAAGACCACCAUUCGUGGCUUCUCUUCACAAUUUAAAACCUUAAAUGUAUCCAAUUUUUUGGAUGUCUCUUCAUAUUUCACUAAAGACGAAAAGAAUUGCAGACAAGUUUCCAAUCCCCAUUUAGCACAUUUGAAUGUUGAAUCUGAAGAACUAGGAGAUUUUACAACCAUUUCAUGUCCAUCCAUGACUCAACUCUUGUGCACAAGUUUGAACCUUAAAUAUUCACCACAUGACAAGCCAGCGAGGAAAAUUAUAUUGGAUCGUGAAACUGCCAAGUCUUUACGAGACAUUAAGAUUUCAUUUGCACAAUUACUAGUCCAUAAUAUUCACAAUAAUAUUCAGCUCUCACAUGUUCAGUCAUUGGAAUUGACUGAUCCUUCACUUCGUGGAGUAGAAAUUGAUUUACAAUAUUUUCCAAAUUUGAACAAAUUGGAAUUAUCAAAAAUUCAAAGUGAAAUCAAAAUUAAGGCACAAGGUCACAAUGACAACACCAUCAACAAUGCAACAACACAAAACAGGACACCACUGCAUCAUGCCAACCUCCAACACGUAUUCAUUAACAUGGUCUAUUCUCUCAGAAUUCACAUUGCUCUCAUUGCUCCCAAAUUACGUAGUUUCACACUGACCAAUAUUUCACACACUCAUCCUGAAUCCAAUCUUGAACUUGUUUCAACACCAAAACUCAUUCGAAAAAUUGUUCAUUUGAAUUUGAACCCUUCACAACAGUAA